GCGCGCCAGUGGCCUACACACCCCGUUAGAUAGUGGCCGUGCACUGGGGAUACCCGCUUACAAGGUCCCGGCGAAUACAUUAUAGCAGUUUACCGAAACCAAAAUUGGUCUGACCGCCAGGUCGACACUGAUACAACGCACCCAAAGCAACUGAGAUCAAGCGACGUGCUGCUCGGGGCAAAGUUUAUUGCGGUACUAGGCCUUCCAGCGACGCUGGCCCCUGCAUACACGGAAGGAUUCUAGAAGUCAACAGCUGAAGAGGAUGUGUGCCUCAUGGCGGACUCCAUUGUACGAGAUUUCCUUCUCGAUUGUAAGUCAGUGACAGAGGCUGAAGUUCACACGUUUGCCAACACGAUACGUGACAACAAUGAGCUGAUUGAGGCCAUCAUCCUGGUGCUAGAAGAUAAGGAGUAUCACCGGGAUUUUCUGGAGCCCCUGUGCGAGCAGCUGUUCAUCUUCUUUCAAGCCCAGGAAGAGGCAUUGCGUCAGUUCGCUCACUACUUCCUUCCAUGCGUGAUUGGCCACUACCUCAGCAGUGUGCACAGGAGGGACCUGCGAAAGUCCCUCAACUGCCUGGAAAUCCUUUUGCUGGGUGCUUAUAAUCUGCAAAUUCUGGACAAUGAGGGCAAGCCGACGACGACGACCUACCACAUCCCAAGCAUUAGCAAGCCUUCGAUAUACCACGAGGUGUGUCCUAUAUCGCUGCCGCAACCUCAGCUGACUGAAAACAUGCUGUCCAAACUGGAGCAUGGAGACAGCAAAGUGGUGCAAGGCCCGCACCCUGCUGUUGAUGUUAUGAGUGCGAGCAACAGGCUGCAGGUGGCCAUUGUCCUAAUGCGCGUCUACAACCAGUCAAUCAGCUCCAUGCCUCAGGCAUCCAGAGCCUCAUUCUGCAAAAUGUGCUCAAGGGUGGUGAACCAAGGAACGCUCGAAACUGUUCGGCGGAUGUCUUUUGACAGCAGCCUGCCUUCCAACUUUGCACCACGUGUCAAUCUGAACCCGCAGAUCCUCCUGGAAAUGCUACAAGCUAUAUACUACUCCAUGUUCAAUGGUCUGUUUGCCCUUGCGCAUCAAGCCCUGAAUGACAUUCAUCGGCGAGCCAUGCAGCAAAUGUACUCUGAUGUCUUAGUGGUGACAAGUGCUGUCAAGAACUCGCUAAUGGCUAGUCAGUGUGGACAACCAGCUGAGGGCCCCAUGGGCAUCAGUGUUGCUAUCUCGCCCACCACUUCUACGACUACAGUUUCAAAGGCCAUCAUCACGAAUGCCUCCUUCCGCACCAAAAAGCUUCCAGAUGACAUUCCAAUCCCAGAAGACAAUAUAGACAACCUACCACUGCCAACUGACGCGGGCCUCUUGGGCAUUAUCAGGGAGGAAGGCGAAGAGGUGGCUGGAGGUGCGAUUGCAGGUGCCAAGGCAAUGAUGCACGGCCUGCCUGGCAUGCGCAAGCUCGUCAAAGGCAUCACACGCAAGGAGUCCAUGGACAAGGCUGCCCCUGCAGCUGCUAGUGGAACGGACUUGAAGAGCCCCAUAUCCUCAGAUUCUCAGCGAACACACGAGAACAUGUCGGGCCACCAGUUCUUGGACCAGGCGCCAGCUGGUGUCGAGCACGUGUCGGACACUCGGAAAAGCUCAUCAAAGAGCAAAGAGGCAGACAAGCAGGCUAGCACACGCUCAAUGUCUGCAUCGCGGAGUACUGCGAUGAAAGAAACCACGGAGAAAACGAGCAGGUCAGAUCGAAAAGAUUCAUCACGCAAAGAGACGCUCGACAAGAGCAGCAGGAGUGAACGGAAGGAACAGUCGGAUGCCACCGGAAGAAGCAGGCCAGAGCAGAACGGUGGCAGUGCCGAUUCCCAGAACAAGGUCUCGGCGAAAAACGAAAACCUAGAGGCACGAAAUGGCAUCGACAAGCGCGAGUUGUCGCAUGAAACAGUAGGAUCCUCGGAACUUAAACAUAUAGCCACAGCUGAGAACGCUUCGUACCCGGGCAGCUCUAAGAGUGAGGACAAGCCACAUCGAACCACACAAGUGUGAAGAAGAUGUGUGUAGAAGUGACCACCUUGUCUCUUAACAAGCUUACUAGUUGUGUUUUUUUUGUUUUUUUUGUAUUAUCACGUUCUCUCUUUCUCUUUUUUUGCUACAUGUGAAGGCUGGCGACACUUAACAGUAGUGUGGAGUGUGAGCAUGUGGUGUAUCAUAGACGUACUCCGGCCGCUUUAGCCCGUACUUACAGAUGCCUUUCCGAGUGGCUUACUCUCACUUUAACGUAAAAGAUUUUAAACGGAAUUUCAAAGCAAUACCUUAACAUUGUGCCAUUUCUGUGAAGGACUUUCACACUGAUCGCAUAUGGGGAAUGGAUAUGUGCUUUAGGCUAUGAGCAACUUCAGACCACCUAAAGGAGCGCACUAACUCCAUGCUCCUUAAUAUCGGUGCCAAUGACAGCAGUGUCCCUAGUGGGUGCAAACGUAUUGCAAUACAGGUGUUCCUUGUGAUCUCUGCACAUACUGUUAUGUGUUGCACUUCGAGUGCUCGCUUGUUUCUUGUAUUGUUCGUAAACGUAGAGUCUUCUAUUUUAUUUGUUUCUUUUCUUAGAAACUGCACGCCAUGUUAUAUGUACAUAGCUUUAUGGGUAACCCACAUUUUUGUUUCCCAAGCAUGCAGAGGCUUCGAGUCAGCCUUCACACUUUUUCCAAAUACUCUGCUGAGAGCACGAGCGUCCUCGUGUUACUCACUGAAGCUAGAGGUAAACCCUGUGUAUAUACAUAUAUAUGUAGUCCAGGUUGAUGCACUUGGCUAGACACAGGAACCCAACGAAACAAGGGAUUCACUGCCUUUCCCCAUGUGUGCCGACUCGUAGAGAAAAAAAUGAACCGGUAACGUGACAGUUUCCGAGUGCCUACAUUGUUUCCCUGCUCUCUUUGCGGAAUCUAGACGUAGACUUAAAAAACCUGUUCCAAACAAGGAUCUGUGAUCGAUGUGUGUUGACUGCCCACUUUCUUAGUUUCCUCGCACUUGCUCCGCAGUGACACAUCUUAAGUUUUGCACUCUUGCUCAUUCAUUCCUAUUGAUCUGGCUAAAUUUGUCAUGCUUGCGCUAGUGUUGGUGUGAUGGCCUCAAGCAGCCAUCUCCUGCUGUCAGCAACACUGUACUGCCAUUGAUGUCGACAAACCGAAAACACCAUUAGAAAAAAAGUUGAACCCUGUGUUUUUAGUACAAGCACAUCUGGGUUUGCUUGCAUAGGUGCUUGCAAAACAUAUGGCUGGGCCCCGAGGUUAUUCCAAGUGUAGUAUCAGACGCAAGUGAGCCAUCAAAUUUCUUGAAACAAACUUCCUUAUAUAAUCUAUAUUGUGGUGCUCAAGCUCCUACGAUUUCGCCCUUCGUUUAGACAAUGGUGAUUUGCUCAUUUUGAUUUGGGAACAGCCAUGAUGCUUACAAGUACGAUGUGCAGGAGAACACUAAGAGUGAUUGUCUCAUCAGAUACGUCGCGCGCUUGAGAAGAUAUUGAGCAGUGUUAUCUAUUUUGUCUGUAAAGUUGAUGUCUAGCUUGAAGUGUUCGUCUGUCUAACUAUUGGUAGGUGUUUGCUGCUAGCGGUGUAUCGUCUUUGAUUGCUUGAAGCAUUGGUGGAAGGAAUGGCGACUCGAACUUGCUUGCAUGCCACAUUUGCAUUGAAACAAAAAUUUUUCAGGUUUUUAUUCUCGUGCUUAGUAAAGGUGCUGUGAAUUCUUUGAAAUGCAGCAGGUACGCAUUCCGGAUGCACCUGGUGUAGCCCUCUUUAUACGUUUUUUAAGCUUUUUCCUGGUUAUGUUUGGCAUUGAUUAUCGUACUAGGUGUGCUGGAAAAUGUUUUUUUGCGUGAGUGCUCAGCUGCAACCACAACUUGCUGUUAGAAUGGUGCUUUUGUUGCCUUUUCUUUUUCUUUUAUCAUUACGCAUUGUGGCCUUUACUAUAAAUAAUACUGCCCUUGCGUGUUUGCUACAUUUAGCUAUUACAUGCUGCUAUGCGCGAUUCUUUGAUGACCAUUGAGAGGGAAAGGGAUGAAGCUAUGACGGCGGAAGAAAUAUUUAGGAGGUGACUCACCUGUUAGAACAGCCAUCGACUGGCAUCCAGCUAACGUCACACAUAAUACAAAAAUAACAUGUUCUAACCGAGACAUUGCAGUUGUCGGUGCCUUGCGGUGCAAUGCCGCAGCCACAAAAAAAGAAAGAAAAGGAAACACUAUUGGCCGAGCAUUGCCGAACGCAUGCCGCGACGCCGCUCUGUGUCUGUGGUGAAACAUGAGCAACGUGCAAGACCUGAAACUGAAACGGCGGCAAUUUUAUUUCCCGUCGUGAUACGCCGCCAGCAAAUUGGCUCUCCAGCAUUGUGACAUAAUCUGGUCGCCUUAAGAAGCAGAGUUGCACCUCUGAAAUGUUUCUUCCUCCAUGGCUGAAGGCGAAUUGGUUUCCUUAAUAACACACCCCUCGCACCUUUAUUUGCAAGCUUAUGACGAAGUGUUCAGUGGUGAAAGGAGCUAUCAUUCAAGAGUUGAUUUUCUUGUGUUGGCACACAGGCUCUUAUUGUUGACAGGAGUGAAUGAUGAGAGAGUAUCAUCUAGCUCGCUCUUCCAUGAACAUCUAUAAGUCACAGGCAGCUUCUCUCAAAAUGUGACAAGUCAAAGCGCUAGAGAUUUUGUGUAAAUUGCCCUGCAUUUUGCUGGUGCCGUAUGUUCUAUUCAGUUAAAAUGUGUGUGAAAGAAAAAAAAAUUCUGGGCUGGCACUCACAUCUUUGCAAAGCGGUAAGAGCAGUAAUGGCUUUUGUGGCUGUGUGAUUCCUGUUGAAAGAGCCUGCGUGUAUAUAUAUAUGCACCAGCCCUAGCAUCUGCCACUUAAUGGCAGGCUGCCUGUUGCGACUACUGCUGCUACAUUCAGGCCAACAUGGCCUGAAUGACAUUGAAACACGAAACAUUUAUCAACUUCAAUUGUGGGGACAUGUCAUAGGCGUGCCAACACAAUUAGUAUUAUGCCAGAUGCAAAUAAAAUAUUCUGUCAAACAGUUUUUAAAUAAGUGAGAGCUUCUUUAUUAUUAAUGUUGAAAUUUACCAUCUUGGUAUUGAGAACAUCAUAAAAAAAUUUCAUUACACUGAAAUUUGCAAAAAUAUUUUAAUUAAAAAUGAUAAAGGGCAUCAUGAAUUUACAAAAAGUAGCUGGAUUAAAGGUUUAAGAUUUUAGGAGGUGACAGUGGUGUAUUAUAUUAAGUCAGCUUCGUUGACGAAAUAAUAUCAAUGUACACUUCUAUAGUUUUGUGGCCUAGGAAAUGAUGUGGGUCUUCUGUGGUGAUGUCACUAAAUAAUGAUUAAGAAUGAUAAUAGCGCACUAAAAACGAGGACACAAAAAAGGCACACACACACACAUACAUAGUGUACUUAGCGUGUGCCUUCUACAUAUAUAGUGUGUUCCUUCUUUGCGUCUUCAUUUUUACUCCACUAUUACCAUUCUUAAUCAUAGAAUACCAACAUGCCCAGAUGUCCACCUUAGUCACUAAAGAAAAGUGCAUUUUGGUUCAAAGGCUCACCGAAGCAUUAUCUUUUUUAUGUCGUGUGAUGACAUUAUUUUGGUAUAUUUAAUCAAAUGAGAGUACUUGAAUGCCGCAUUGUUGAUUAAUAGUACCUAACAAUAUUCACUCCAACAUCUUAUUAUUUAUCAUUGCGAGUGGUUUUGUUCAUUGAGGAGGUCUAACCGAGUUGUGUAACUUGCUGCACAUUACACUGAGUUUUAUUAUUGUAAAUAUAUAAUUCAUGCUUAGUUCAUGUUUGAUUGGGUAUAGCUCAUAAAGUAAAGUGUUUGGAGGCCACUUGAAUGGUUUGGACAUCUUUAGAGAAACACUAAAGACAAAUAUCAAGUCGGCGUUGAUUGUUAAAAUAGCAGUCCAGAAACCACAUAGUGCAACUUUUGUGCCAAGGAAGUGCUUAUUUUGAAAUAAAAUCACAUUUUAGUGGUCUUCAUCCUAUUAGCAUACUUGUAAAACAAAAAUGAGAACAAUUAAUUAUUAGGGCUCCCUUCUUUUCCUCUGAGUAAAAGCUAGUAUUUUAGCAAGUCCUGAAAUUUUAGUUAGUUGGUACAGCUUCGAAUUCUGUGCUUUCAUCAAACGCUACGUUCUCUGUGCAUUCUGAAAUCUUCACUUCAACUGGGUCUGUUAUAUGGAUAUAGACAUGUACAAGCUGUGAACUAACAGGUAGCCACCAGUGGAUUGAAGCUUGGACUUCUGAAAAUUGUUCUGAGAAAUGUUUAUACCAAUACCAAUAAUUUUAAAUCUCCUUUUACUGGCUGCCUCCGUAUAUAAGCUAGAAGGUAUGAAGGCUGUUGCUAGUCUUGAGUGCCCUGCAAUUCCCAAGAUGCUUAUGCACGGGCACAUUACGGUAUUGUGUCACGGAUGUGUCUUUGGACAAACAUGGUGCACGCAUGCUUCAGCCAUCAGCCACCAUAUUUGUCACUCCAGUGGGCAAAUGUAUUGUGCUCACCAUUUCCUUUCCUUCAGACAGGUUGGCCUGUAACGGGGAUUUCUCAGUGGCAUAGUUUCAUGCAGUGAUUACUGGUGUUCAGUGGAAUGCAAAAGCAGUAUAUCAGCUUCCACGAGAGACAAAUAUGCUUGCUGCUUUUCAGGUUAUAUAUUGAAAGUGUGAUACGUACAUUUGCUGCACAAUUUUCAUUACUGUAAGGGUGCGUAUUUUUUUUUUUUACAUCGAGAGAUUGAAGUGAUCUUUAAAAUGGCAUCAAUUGCGGGCCUUUGAAAGCAAAUUUUUCUGUGAAAACAUUUGUUAGCAGGGUAAUGGUAGUAGAAUAAAAAAAAAUAUAUGAUUUUUGCCAACCAACACGUUUGUUACAUCAGCUUAGGAAAGGUUCCCGUAAAUUUCAAGCAUUUAAAGUUAAAGCCGCUACCAGAAAAAAAAAAAUUCUGCAACCCAUCAUUUUCGAGCUGGGCGUGCUACUGGAUGUGCUGAACCCCUAAUUUCCCCUCGCAAUUCCCUAUAUUAUACUCCUACGGUUUGUGGUUAUUGUUCUGCAUGUGUUCUCUCACCAUCAAUAACCAUUAAAUACACAACACAGCACUGUUGUUUCCUUAUAUGUUAGAUUGGAGCCUUGGUAUCUGCCCUUGUUGAUGACUUGCUGAAUAUAUGCAUAUAUUGUGUGGAUAUUACAGGAAGCAAGUGUAUAUAAUUAUAAAUAUAUAUUAUAUUAUACGAUAAUAAAUUGUUGGAGAUGUUGAUCCUUGA